AUGUUCGCAAAACUUGUAGCGAACAACCAUCUCGUAUUCGAUAUUCGCCCAUCAGCAACUUCGGCCCUAAAUUACCCGAAAGCCAUCAUGCGACAGACUAAGCUCGACGAGACUCAGCAGGAGAAGACGCAAGAAACAGCGUCGACAGGGUCAAAGCGGAAGGAGCCUACCUCGGAUGCUGACGGAAAGCACUCAAGGCAAGACAAAGAGCAAGGCAACAAGAGUCGUAAGAGAGAACCUUCCGAGGAUCCUCAGGCCAAGGAGAAAGCCGAAAAACAGAACGGCACCAAGAGCAAAGCCUCGGCACCCGCCCAACUGUCCGGUGAUCAGAGCAAGAUCGACAAGAAGCUGAAAGGAGACGACGUUGAGAUCAAUGAGGGUAGCGAGAAAGCUAAAAAUGACAGCAAUAGGUCGAGCAGCGAGAUUCCCUGGCACGUUUCUGAAAAGGGGCUCGUGUACUUCUUCUACCGACCAAAGGUCCGGUCGAGCGACCAAGCCGAGAAGGGCAGCACCGAGUCGUUGGACGAUGUGCAAAACACGUUCAUGCUGCUCGUGCCAAGGGCGAGUGAGUCGGACACCGCACCGGCCGCCGAUGCGAGCACAAAGCAAGAGCACGACGAUAAGCGCAAGCCGCCGAAUCCAACCGCCUACCGUCUCGUGUCGCUAGGUAAGAAGCGCAUGCCAAGCCCAGAAGCAGCCCUCAAGGCGGGACAGGAGCCAGGAGGAAUCGGCGGUCGACACAGCGAAGCUAUCUGGGCCACCGUUGCGGCAAUUGGUGCAGAUCUCAAGGCAGCAGGCGAAGGAAUGGGAGAGGAGCACUACUCCACCAAGACGCGAGGAGAACGGGUUAAGCCAGCAGCUCGGCCUGCCGGACGCGGUCAUUACGCGUUGAGCAUCAAGAAGACGAAUCCGCCGUCAACUCGCGAGGUCCGUCUGACGUACAAUCUUUCGCACCCAAGCAGCGAUGACUUUGGUCAAGUACAGGAGGAGCUCGGCCUGCAUCCGGCUUCAUCGGUCCUUAUCCAGAUGCGGAAUCCCACGCUGGCGCCGACGGGCCCAGGUGCCCCGGCGGCCGGACUGCCCGAAGACCAGCGUGCAAUCCUGACGAAAGAAGAACUUCAAGGGAAUUUCGGCGGCGAUGUCAAGGAUAAGGGCAAUCGGUAUGCCCGACCAGAGGAGCCUGCUCUGCUGGAUCGUCAGGGCGUAGAAUUGCUGUUGAUCAAACGAGAGCAGCAGGAGGACGAUGGGUCCAAGGGUCUCGGUGACGAACAGAGCGAAGCGCUCGCCAAGCUGGCUCAGCACGACAGCGAUAAAUUGUCCGAUGAGGCGAUCCUGAAGGAGCUCGAGCUGUCUAGCAAGGACAUUGAGGUGGAGGCGUUGUCUGGUGAAUGGAUUUGA